AUGAGGCUCGAUACUCAAGUCAUUCCUAGGAGAGAGAGUUUCAAGUAUCUGGGAUCUAAAAUUCAGAAGGAUGGGGAGAUAGAUAAGGAUGUAACACAUCGUAUCGGAAAAGGGUGGAUAAAGUGGAUGCUCGCUUUCGGUGUCUUGUAUGAUAAGCAUGUGCCAUUGAGACUUAAGGGUAAGUUCUACAAGGUAGUGUUUAGACCGACUAUAUUGUAUGGGGCAGAGUGUUGGCCAGUCAAAAACUCCAAUGUCCAGCAGAUAAAAGUAGCAAAACUGAGGAUGUUGAGAUGGAUGUGUGGCCAUACUAGGUUGGAUAGAAUUUGGAACGAAGUUAUUCUGGACAAGGUGGGAGUGACCCCUAUGGAGGCAAAAAUGCGUGAGGAAAGGUUGAGAUGGUUCGGGCAUGUUAAGAAGAGAAGCACAGAUGCCCCAGUCAGGAGACGUGAGAGGUUGGCCUUGGGAGGGCUUCUUUCACCUUCUUUAGCCGAGGGUCUAUCGGAAACAGUCUUUCUGCCUUUCUAG